UUAAUUUGUCCUAUUUAUAACGACCUAACCAAACAUUUUUACUUUUUCCAAAACAAAAGCAUGUGAUUGUCUAAUUUUUAUUUUAUCAAUAAUUUUUAUUUUUACAGUCAACCGAUAAAAAUUUUAUUGACAAUCCGUAAGGUGCAAUUACCUCGAGCUAAUAACUGAUAAAAAUAUUGUUCAACUAAGAAGAUACAUUUUUCGUGAUUAUUUUAGUGAAGGUUAUAAUAUUAUCUCGUUGGGUUAGGUAAGGUUUCACGAAGAGAAACAAAUAACUACUAUAAUGAGAGAUCGUCAGGAAAAUACCCCACCGUCGUCGAUUAACGGUGACGAUGUAAUUGGAAUGGAUGGGGAGAAUGACGAGGAAUUAAUCUAUUUGGGUGAAUUGGAUGACCUUCAGUUCGAUGAUGACGAAAUGGUGGACGAUCAAGAAGAAGAGUAUGAUACAGGCAUGGAAAGGCCUGAAGAUCAAUCGCAGCUAGCCUUUAAUAAACAUACAGGUUCAGUGUUUUGUUGUGAUCUCCACCCAAAUGGUAAAAUUGCAGUUACUGGUGGAGAAGAUGAUAAAGCUUAUGUCUGGUCAGUUGAAACUGGCCAGGUAAUCAUGGACUGCGUGAACCACAAGGAUUCGGUUAUCUUUGUGGGAUUCAGUUUCGAUGGUGUGUAUUUAGCUACAAUUGACAUGUGUGGUUUAAUUAAAGUAUGGAAAUGUAAUUUAGAAAAUCAAGAACCAUGGUCUGUUGCAUUUGAGUAUGAAGCUGAUGACCUCAGCUGGGGUCUAUGGCACUUUGGAGCUAGAGUUCUUAUAUGUGGGGCAGUUGCUGGAGAUAUAUAUAUUUUUAAAAUUCCGUCUGGAGACAUUAAAGUAUUACAAGGACACAACAUAAGGACAGACUGUGCAAAGAUAUUCCCGGAUGGUGUAAGAUUAGCAGCAGGAUAUGAAGAUGGAGCUGUAAAAAUAUGGGACCUUAAGACAAAUGCUGUACUUCACCAAGUCCCCAAUGGAAUGCAUGAUACUCGUGUUACAGCUAUUGAUAUUCACCCAGAGAAUAACCUUAUGGCUUCUAUAUCUACCGAUGGGAAAGUGGUCCUAACAACAUCAGUGAACGGAAAGGUUGUAGCGCAGCUGGGAGCAGAAAAUGAUUUGGAAGCUGUUGCUUUUUGUCCUGAUGCACAAUUGGAUUAUUUUGCUUUAGGUACUCUAAAUGGUUCUAUCACAAUUUGGGACACAGCCAGGCAAAUGAUAAGACAUUCCUGUGCAAAAUCAGAAGAAGAUGUGUCAGCGGGUGUAACUAAAAUGAUAUGGAUCAAGGACCAACUCCUUACUGGCUGUCUUGAUGGCUCUUUAAGAGUUUAUGAUGGAAGAUCUGGUGAAAGAAGUAAAAUGCUAACAGGACAUUGGUCAGAAAUACUGGAUCUUGUUUAUAAUGCAAAGGAAAAUAUUGUACUGUGCACAUCUGAUGAUGGAACAGCAAGGAUAUUUAAAUACCCUAUCCAAAGUGAUAAUGAUUAAGUACAUGGUACAAAUAAUGUUUAUUUAUAUACAGAAAUAAAACUUUAUCAUCAUCAAA